AAUAAAUGCUAAAUUAUGUAAUUGUAUAGGUUUGUAAUAUCAUCAACCGUAAUAUGAGUAGUAGUUGGUUGUUGAGAUGGGAAUUAAUGCACUAGUCAAACUAGCUAGAGUUUAUUACUAUUGUGUCCUUGUAAAAACCCCUAUAUAAACUCCCACAAGUAUUGCUAGUUUGCUUCAAAUAUACGACAAAAUACUAAUUAUUAUCACUGUAUUUUGCCCUACAUUUUAGAUCCAAAAUGAAGGGAGGAACAAAGAGAUUGUCCUUACUGUUUUUGGUGUGCUUUCACAUUGCUGUAACAUGUGUCGAUGCAAGAAAUGUGGUGAUUGCAAAGGAUCAAGAUGAGAAGUUUUUGUUUAGUAAGGGCGGUGGAUUUGGUGGAGGAUUUGGUGGUGGAGCUGGGGGUGGCUUUGGGGGAGGUGCUGGUGGAGGAUUUGGAGGUGGUGGUGGAGGUGGAGGAGGAGGUGGUGGUGGUGGAGGAUUUGGUGGUGGUGCUGGUGGUGGUUUUGGAGGAGGUGUUGGUGGCGGCAUUGGUGGUGGACAUGGCAUAGGUGGAGGAAUCAGUAAAGGUGGUGGCAUUGGUGGUGGCAUUGGUGGCGGCCAUGGAAUUGGUGGAGGAAUCGGUAAAGGGGGUGGCAUAGGUGGUGGCAUUGGUGGUGGCCAUGGAAUCGGUGGUGGAAUCGGUAAAGGUGGUGGCAUCGGUGGUGGAAUCGGUGGUGGUCAUGGCAUUGGUGGUGGAAUCGGUAAAGGUGGUGGCAUUGGUGGUGGUCAUGGAAUUGGUAGUGGAAUCGGUGGUGGCAUUGGUGGUGGAAUUGGUGGUGGUCAUGGCAUUGGUGGUGGAAUCGGCGGUGGUCAUGGAAUUGGUGGUGGUCAUGGCAUUGGUGGUGGAAUUGGAAAGGGUGGCGGAUUUGGUGGUGGAAUCGGAAAAGGUGGCGGAGUUGGUGGUGGAAUCGGAAAAGGUGGCGGAUUUGGUGGUGGCAUUGGGAAAGGUGGGGGUAUUGGUGGUGGCAUUGGAAAAGGUGGUGGUUUUGGUGGUGGAAUCGGCAAAGGAGGCGGUAUUGGUGGUGGAAUUGGUAAAGGUGGAGGGUUUGGAGGAGGAAUUGGGAAAGGUGGAGGUUUAGGAGGGGGGGUUGGAGGUGGUUUUGGAAAAGGAGGUGGUUUUGGUGGUGGCAUUGGUAAAGGUGGUGGCUUCGGUGGUGGAAUUGGUAAGGGUGGUGGUUUAGGGGGUGGAAUCGGAGGUGGUAUUGGAAAGGGUGGAGGAUUUGGUGGAGGCAUUGGAAAAGGUGGUGGAUUUGGGGGUGGAAUUGGAGGAGGAUUUGGCAAAGGUGGUGGCAUAGGAGGAGGAUUCGGUAAAGGAGGUGGAUUUGGGGGUGGAAUUGGUGGUGGCUCUGGUGGUGGGUUUGGUGGUGGUUUUGGCGGAGGAGCUGGUGGCGGUGGUGGCGUUGGUGGAGGUGGAGGUGGUGGAUUUGGUGGUGGAUUCGGAGGUGGACACCCAUAAGCUGUUCUAUAAGCCACAUAAGGAGGAUUCUACAAUAUAUUGUGAUCAUGCAUGAUGAGCAAGUUCAAGGCUAAAAUUAUGCAUGCAUAAGCACGAGAGUGAGUCCAAUUGAGUCAAUACCAAGAGAAAUAUUGUGCAUUGUUUAGUAUUACUAUGCAAUUUCUUAUUUAUCAUUACUUAUAAGCAUGGUUAAUUAGUUAUUGAAUUUGAAGUACUUAAUAUUCAUUAUGUAUUCUUGGAACCAAACUUGCAAACUUAUAUAUUUGUUUUGAUUAGAUCAAAUAUAUUAUGAAAGUGAUCAACGAAUUGUAAGUUUGAUUUAUAGUAAUUAUCAUUUGUUGCUUCAAA